AUGAGAGCUUCCCCAACUACAACCACCGCUGAACCAACAACUACCACAGCUGCCCAAACAACUACCACGGCUGCCCCUACAACUACCACAACUGCCCCAACUACUACCACAUCAAUACCAACAACAACCACAGCUUCCCCAUCUACAACCACCGCUGAACCAACAACUACCACAGCUACAGCUGCCCCAACUACUACCACCGCAGGACCAACAACUACCACAAAUGGACCAACAACUACCACGGCUGGACCUACAUCUACGACAGCUGGACCAACUACCGCAAAAUCAAACCCCACAACAACCACAGCUCCCCCCACAACUACCACCGUCGGACUAACAACUACCACAGCUGCCCCGACAACCACUACAGCUGCCCCAACAACUACCACAGCAAGCCCAACUAACAAUACCACUCGACCAACAACAACAACAACUGGAGCAACGACAACGACAGCUGGACCUACAACUACUACGGCUAGCGCAACUACCACUACAACGGGACCAACAACAACCACAGCUGGACGAACAACUACAACAUCUGCUGGCCCAACAACAACCAAAGCCGACCCAACAACCAACACAUUUGCUGCAACAACUACCACUGCCGGCCAAACUAUCACCACAGCUGGCUCAACAACUACCACAUCCAGCCCAACUACAGCCACAUCUAGCCCAACAACUACCACACCUAAUAGUAGUACAGAUAGUAGUAGUACACCCAGUAGGAGUACAGCCAGUCGGAGUACAGACGGUAGUACUGCAGCCAGUAGGAGUACAGCCAGUAGGAGUACAGACAGUAGUACAGACAGUAGCACAGACAGUAGUACAGACAGUAGUACCAGUACUAUUACAGCCAGUCGGAGUACAGACAAUAAUACAGACAGUAGUAUUACAGCCAGUAGGAGUACAGCCAGUAGGAGUACAGACAGUAGUAUUACAUCCAGUAGGAGUACAGCCAGUCGGAGUACAGACAGUAGUAUUACAGCCAGUAGGAGUACAGCCAGUAGGAGUACUGCCAGUAGGAGUACUGCCAGUAGGAGUACUGCCAGUAGGAGUACAGCCAGUAGGAGUACAGACAGUGGGACUACAGCCAAUAGUAGUACAGAUAGUAGUAGUACACCCAGUAGGAGUACAGACAGUCGGAGUACAGACGGUAGUACUACAGCAGGUAGGAGUACAGACAGUAGUACAGACAGCAGCACAGACAGUAGUACAGACAGUAGUACUACAGCCCGUCGGAGUACAGCCAGUCAUAGUACAGACUGUAGUACUACAGCCAGACGGAGUACAGACAAUAAUACAGACAGUAGUAUUACAGCCAGUAGGAGUACAGCCAGUACUACUACAGCCAGUCGGAGUACAGACAAUAAUACAGACAGUAGUAUUACAGCCAGUAGGAGUACAGCCAGUCGGAGUACAGACAGUAGUAUUACAUCCAGUAGGAGUACAGCCAGUAGGAGUACAGACAGUAGUAUUACAGCCAGUAGAAGGAGUACAGCCACUGGAACUACAAUUUGGGACUUUUAG